ACCUAACCUCGCCUAACAGGGAGGAGAUGUUGGCUGCUGCGCUUCUGGUUGCGAGCUGAAUUGCCCUCUCGUAUUUCUGUGAUUAUCGUAGCUUCAGCUCUAAGGUGCUUGUGCAGCUCCCCGGCUGCUGCGUUUUUGUCUGAAACUGAAGAUCACCAAGCUGUGCCGCUUGGGCUCGGCUGUGGGAAGGAAGCAAAGGCUGUGAAGCAGCAGUUCAGCCCUGGGAGUUGAUGAGCUCAGGUGCGUGGGAUGAAGGGAGCCUGACGGCCAUCCGAGGAGGAGAGGAGCCACCGCGAGCUGCCCGCCAUGAGCAGGGCGCUGCUGGCCGGCAGGAUGCAGCCCGAGGGCCGCAGCGUCUGCGUCUUCCUGCCCGACCGGGAGCAGCUCAGCCUGACCGUGGGGGUCAAAGCCACUGGACAGGAGCUCUUUCAGCAAGUUUGUGAUUUAGUGAAGAUUAAAGAGCCUCACUUCUUUGGCCUCAGCAUUGUUAAAAAUAAUGAGUAUGUUUUCAUUGACCUGGAGCAGAAGCUUAGCAAAUACUUCUCAAAGGAAUGGAAGAAAGAGACCAACAAAGGAACAGAGAAAUUCAGCCCUCCUUUUGUUGCAUUCUUUAGAGUACAAUACUAUGUAGAAAAUGGAAGGGUAAUAAGUGACAAGGUGGCAAGGCAGCUUUACUACUGUCAUCUCAAAGAGCAAGUGCUCAUGUCUCGGUGCAACCACAAAGAAGAGAUCUACUUCCUGCUGGCUGCCUACAGCUUGCAGGCAGACUUGGGCAACUACAGGGAAGAGGUCCAUACUGGGAAAUAUUUUGAACCUCAGGCAUAUUUCCCGCAAUGGAUAAUUGCAAAGAGGGGGAGUGACUACAUCUUGAAACAUGCCCCAGAGAUGCACCGAGAACAGCAAGGCCUGAGUGCAAAGGAAGCUGUGCUGAAGUUCAUCAAGGAGUCCUGCUUGUUGGAAGAUGUGCCUGUCCACUUCUACAGGCUGCAGAAGGAUAAGAAGGAGGAUCGCCCAACAGUUAUCCUGGGCCUGACCCUUAGAGGAAUGCACAUCUAUCAGGAGGUGAACCAUGUUCGUCAGCUCCUCUACGACUUUCCCUGGUCGCACAUCGGGAAGCUGGCGUUUCUGGGGAAAAAAUUUGAGAUCCAGCCAGACGGUUUGCCCUCUGCACGGAAACUAGUUUACUACACAGGUUGCCCCUUCAGGUCACGGCACUUGCUGCAGCUCCUCAGCAACAGCCACCGGCUCUUUCUGAAUAUCCAGCCAGUGUUGAAGCAGAUCCAAAAACUGGAGGAGGCUGAAGAGAAGAAGCGCUACCGGGAGUCCUAUAUCAGCGACACUCUGGACAUGGACCUGGACCCGUGCGACAAGAACUCGCGCGGCAGCGGGAGCAGCGUGGGCAGCCGGAGGGAUAACCGCCUCUCGCGCCAGUCCACGGGGAGCCACGGCAGCUCUCACACCUCGGGCAUUGAGGCUGACUCGAGGCACCGAGUGUCAGUGGAAAUGUCGGUGGAUGAGCCCUUCGGCAUCGACCGAGUGCACAGGAAAGAGAAAUCCUGCAGCUCAACCAUCAGCUACGGUAGCUCUGGCAUUGACAGUGGCAGUAAAGGGAGGGCUGAAGAUGACUCUCAGGAUGAUGAUCUUGAGCUGGCAGUAGAUGAGCCAGAGGAGGUGCCUGUAGAUGAGCCUUUAGAGAGAGACCAGUUAGAGGAGACCACUGUGGAAGAAUCUGUUGAAUCUCUUCCUCUGGAUGCUGCUAGCUGCCAAGCUGUAAAUCAGGAGUCACUGUCUGUGGUGCAAGUCACACUAAUAAAAAUGAGAGGUCAAAGUGUGGAGUCCCUUCAUCAGGUCAAAUCGCCCAAAGGCAGGAGCUGCACGGACCAGCACAGCCAGAGUUUGGAUGACAUCCGCCUUUACCAGCACCGGCACCCGCCACUGAGUGCCACGCUAUCUUCGGACACGUCCCACAGCUACACGUUCGGCUGCAGCCUGGAGGAUAAGCUGUCUAUCUACGGCUGCGUUUAUUCCACAGCGGACUGCAAAACCAAGUCUGCCCUUUACGGGAAGCGAUCCAUGAACUGCCUCUCCUUGGAUCUGCUGGGAGAGGACCAGCUGCCAGAGGAGUUCGUGGUGUAAUGAGAUUGGAGCUCUUCCAUACCAGGAAACAGCACGCCAUGGAAAUAUAUACCUCAUUAACGCGUGUGAUGUCACUGGGUCUUGUAGGAGAUUGAGCAGCUUUGUUACUCAACUCCGUAAUCAGUAAGUGGCAUCGCUUCUGCAGACCUGACUACGGGGCAAAUCAGCUGGAGUGUAGCACUUAAUGUUGGCGUUGGGAGGGUCUGUUAAGCAGAAAAUGGAAGUGGGCUGCACCAUUAGUAGGGACCAAAAAAAACACCAAAACAACCCAAAACUGGACCAAAAUUGAUACUGAGCUGGUGAAACAAACCUUGUGUCUGAAUUCAUUUAUCAGAAAGAUAUUUACAAGGUCCAUGACUGUUUAGCUUCCUGCUUUUCUCUUGUGGUCCAUUUAUGUUAAUGCUACUAUACAAAUAGUUUGGUUGUCUUGAGCUUGUGCUGCUGCAACACUGCCAGCAGCUGUCAGGCCAGGAUAUACUCUGAGCGUAUUUGGAUGUCUGUGUAUGGAAAAGUCUAGCCUUUUCUGAUUGUAAUGCACAGAAGUUGCCUGUUUGCUUUACUGGGAGCAAAACUUGCUCUGCCACGAGUUUUUCUUGUUUUGUUUUUUUGUUGUUGUUGUUUUGUUUUGAUGUAAGCAUCCAGCCAAAUACAAUGUAGGUUCUGUGUUUUAUUUUAUUUUAUUUUUUAAUGCAACAAAUGGAACUGUCUGUCAGCUGUCUCUACUACUGCCAUGGUAUAGACUGGUAAAUAAAUCCCUAUAUCCUUGGGAGAGAGAGGGGGGAAGGGAUGAAACAAACAGACAUCUGUGAGCGUACAGAGGACAAAUAAGAGCACUAAAUGACUGGCUCUUGAAGACAGGAGUGUGACUGGAGAAUUUGUCCGGGCAUGAUCACCCCUUAAGUUGAAUCAUACUUUUUAUGUUGUUCUUUUCUUUAUUUUUCAUAAAACUAUUCCUUAGAAUUUUUUACUCUGCGUUGGGGGGCAAGUGUGGACUGGAGAAAGUCGCUUUGGAUAGGCAAAGUUCCUAGUGGCUGUGUUCAACUUUGUCCUGCAUGGGUCAUGCAGGUGUGCGUGAGCGAUGCUGUAGGGCCUGUGAUGAUGGAGGCACGGGGGAGAUCGAACCGGGGGUAUUUUAUUGGGUGAUUUUGAGUCCCGUGGAGCUGGCCAUGCUGGCGCUUGCCAGGAAAAUAGCUGUAAUUAUGCUGUUUGAUUAAGGCGUUUGUCUGGUGUGGAAAACACCCUGCUGCCCUGUUACAUCCAAAUAAAUGUAUAGUUUUUUGAUUUCCUUCCCUGUCUUCCCCCGCUGUUAGUACCCCCUCCCCAUCAAUUCCCAACAUUUGGGAAGCUUGUACUUAGAUCCAUGCGUAACCUGCUUUGGACAGCAGGUGGACACUAACUGGUUUUUAUGGCAAACUAGAAGCCGAAUGAUGCUGUUGUGCUGAUUGGGGACGUAUGUUGUACAGUGUUGAUCAAUCAGAAGAUGAAGAUGGCUGCUUUGGGAAAGGAAGGAGGUCAGACCACAACGAGGGAGGGCUCAAGCUGCUGCUUUGACAGGCUUAGCAGUUGUCUGGUGAAUUGCAUUCCUGUACACUAUCAAAAUAGCAAAUCUGUGGUCUGUCAUCUCAGUGUUUCUAUGCAAGCGAAUGCGGUGUAGAGACAACAUCAGGCUACCAGAUGCACCUGUAUUUGCUGAAGUGACAUCAGUGGCUGUACAUCCUCGUAGACGAAUCUAGCACGAACUGUUAGCCGUAUGUUUAAAUGAAUGAAUGAUGGAUACAACUCACUGUAACCACAGCUUAAUUGACUGUGCCCUCUUUGAUCAUGCUGUUCUUUCUUCUCUUAAUGAACAAUUAUGUGUGUUCACCGUAGCCUUUUUUCCAUCCUUCCAAGCAAAGCCAAAAUACCUUUAGAGUACCUGAAGCAUAUUUACAGUAUC